UCCGCCACAAGCUUCAAGAGAUCGCCCGCGAUUCUCCCUGUCAAUCGCUCUCUCUUUCAGUUGCCUUUUUGUCUAAUUCGGGCAGCCUGCAGGUGGGAUCGCAAUUCCAUGACACUGGGUUAGGUGGGGGCCAUGCAAUUCCGAGGCCCUCUGAUUGUGGUGGUGGUGCUGUACAUUUGAGCGCGAGCCUUGACUGGGAAUGACGCAAAAUUUGAUGGCGAUUAUUGCCACCUUAAUGGCGAGAUCAAGGUCGUGGUUAAGUCUUUCACACUCCUCUUCCUCCUCCUCCUGCUACGCUACGCCGUACCUUACCCCAGCGCUGUAGGUGUACUGUGCUCACGCUUGUGUGUUAGAAAAACCAGAGUCUCGCAUUCACUGCAGAGUUCGGAAACCUCGCCGGACUGCUUUUGCUGCUCGCCGAUGGCUAAUGUGGUUGCUGCACGAAGGAUGGAGAAAUCAAAGGAAGGAUCGGUUUUAUUUGCACUGUUGGUAGCUGCGCUUCUACCGACAGCACUUUCAAACUCGGAAGGUGAUUCGCUGUACGCAUUGCGCCGGAGCUUGACUGAUCCGUCGAAUGUAUUACAAAGCUGGGAUCCCACCUUGGUCAAUCCUUGUACCUGGUUCCAUGUUACAUGUGACAGCCAGAAUCGAGUCAUCCGAGUGGAUCUUGGAAAUGCUCGCCUGUCUGGGUCGUUGGUUCCUGAACUUGGAGACCUCCAGCACCUGCAGUACCUGGAAUUGUACAAGAACAACCUCACUGGUCACAUUCCUUCGGAAUUUGGAAAGUUGAAGUCACUUGUGAGCUUAGACUUGUACCACAACAAUUUCACUGGCUCCAUCCCUCGAUCUCUCGGAAAGAUCUCUAAUCUGGCAUUUCUACGUCUAAACAGCAACCAUCUGACAGGACGUAUUCCACGUGAAUUGACGUCAAUUACUACACUCAAAGCUGUUGAUAUGUCAAACAAUGACUUAUGCGGCACCAUUCCAGUUACGGGCUCUUUCAGUCACCUUCAAGCCAAAAGCUUUGAAAACAAUCCUCGUCUCAAUGGACCUGAACUUGAAGGCUUCGUUCCUUACGAAAUGUCUUGUCACUGAAAACCUCGUUUCAAUUGUCUACGAUGUGAGGGAGCUUUUUGGUUCAGUUGAUGGAUCGCUUUUCUUAAAGGGUGGAUCGCUUUAGUGAGGAAAGAGUACUAUUUUUAGCUUGAUAACAAGACUGCAGUAGCCAACCUAGAGCAGUCCCAAUAUUGCAUCUGGAGCACUUGGAAGAAACAAAGAAAAUUCUGAUCCUUCGCAAAAUAUCCAGUCUCAAUGCUUGAUUAAGACAA